AUUGUGGGUUUGGAGGAGAGUAACCGCCCUCUGACAGCCAACCAUAAGAGAAAUUGAAUAAGGAGAUGUUACUGGAUCUGGAGUGAAUCUCUGUGGAAUAUCCAAUCUGACACUGCCUUCACUGAGGUAAAUUAAGGAGCAACAACACUGUUCCUGUAAAGCAGGGAGGCCUGAAACAUGUCUUCAUCUGUAUCAACUACGGUGGGAGGUGUGGUGGUGGUCACCCACGUGUACCCAGCACCUCGAGGUGCUGCACACAAACGUCCUGUGGGCAUCCAGAAGUUCAUCAAGGCCCAGCCGACGGCGCUUGGGACAGUUCAGAUCAUGAUUGGCCUGAUGGCUCUGAUGUUUGGGAUUGUUAUGGUGGUUCAACCAGAUACAAUGGGAGUUUACAGUGGUAUUUUCGCCUGGGGAGCUGUGAUUUACAUCAUAGCUGGAUCUCUGACAGUGGCUGCUGGAAAAUCUCUGAACCGCUGCAUGGUGAAUGGCGCUCUGGCUGUUAACAUCUUGGCAGCAGGUGUUUCCUUUGUUGCAACCAUCCUCUACUUUCUGGAUUCUGCAAGGAUUAGAUGGGUCACAUGCCGUGACUACUCUGGUACCUGCUUCUUAUACCAGAGUCGGACGAAGGGGUUUAUGGGGGUCUUGGCUGUUUUCCAUUCACUGGCGCUCUUUGUUUCAAUCACUGUUGCAGCAUUUGCCUGCAGAGCUACUUACAGUGCAGAGGAAUCAUCAGUGGUUGUAACUGCAGAUGCUUUAGUGACUCAACAGGCUCCACCCAGUGCACCUCUCCUCACAGACAGACCACCACAUUCAGAGGAACCAAGAGACCCCACUCUGGCUCCGCCUCCAGCCUACACCACUGUCGUCAACUGAAGAGUCUGUCCAAACUGUAUCAAAAUGCUCUUUCACUGUUGGCUGAAACCUAAAUAAUAUUAAUUUAAAUUCAAUGUGUCAUUUGUAACCUGACAUUUGUAAAAUGUGGCAACAAAAAGCUUUGCUUAAAAAAUGAAUGCUAUCCUUCAGAGAUGACUAAACUGUUUGCAGAGAUGUUUCUCUUUUACCAAAGAAAGUGAACACAGCACAGAGUUGAUUUUAUUUUUGACUGAGCAAAACCUUGCUUGCUUUUAAGGAUGAGUGUAUAAGUAUUAGUGCCAUCUAGGGGUGAGAACGUAGAUUGUAACUAACUGAAUACCCUGUCCCCUCACCCCUCCCCUUCCUGUUGGAGAGCACAGAGGCCGUCAGGUAACAAAAUACCGCAUCAACUAGUCUAGUUUGUAAAGUGAAGAGGUUUGUUUAUAUAGCAAUGCUCUUGUCCUCUCCUGCAAGUUUGAUUAUUAUUCAUUAUUGUACAACCACCACUAUCUGAACCCUAAUUACCACACGUAAGCAGGAUCCCUCAAGAAACACUGGAUCACUUAAGUGUGUCUAUUCUUCUAUGAUCAGACCUGCUUGAAAUUUUAUCAUUAAAAAGCCAUAAAGAGUU